GGUGUUUACAGAAUUAGAACUGGAACAGUGAAUGUGAUCGGACUCUUAUUAUGCUGAAAUAAAGAACCUGAACAUUCUGAGUUUAAAAACUCUGCACCAUCAACACAAUCUAAAUUCAGACAUUAAGCCUAAAGCUCUACAUUCAGUAACUCUGACAUGCACAAAUACACUGGACAGAAUAUGAGUAAGCAGGAAGAAGAGGAAGAAGCGGACAGGAAGGUGGGCAUGACGGCCUGCAACAUCGUCAAUGCGCUGCGGUUAGAGAAGAAGCUCUGUGACGUACUCAUCACAGUCGACAAUGCCGAGUUCCACGCGCACAAGAACAUCCUGUGUGGCUGCAGCCCGUACUUCAGGGCUCUCUUCACCAACGGCUGGUACCCUCCGGAUAAGCACGAGUACAGAAUCCCUGACGUUUCCUGUGAAACAAUGGAGCUGAUCAUGGAGUACGCAUAUAUACAACGUGUUAACAUCACGGAGGAAAACGUGUGUGAGCUGCUGAUCACUGCCGAUUAUCUGGUGGUGAGCGUCCUGGUGAACGAGUGCUGCGCGUUCCUGAAGGCUCAGCUGUGUCUGGAGAACUGCAUCGGCAUCUGGCGUUUUGCUCAAUUCUACUUCUGCAAGAAGUUGAAGCAGCAGGCCUUCCAGUUUAUCUUGCACAACUUUGAGGAGAUGGUGCGCGUCUCUGAGGAGUUUCUGGACCUGACGGUUGAGCAGCUGAGUGAGAUCAUCGAGAAUGACGAGCUGAACGUGAAAAAGGAGAACGUGGUGUUUGAGGCUAUCUUACAGUGGACUGAACAUUCGCUGCAGAAACGGAAAGCACACAUAGGAGAGUUACUGCCCAAGGUGCGUAUGGCGCUACUGACGCAUGAUUACGUUAUGGAUAACGUGAGGAAUAAUGUUUUACUGACAGACAAUGCAGCAUGCAAGCCGAUUGUAACCAGCGUUAUGAUGGGCAUGUAUGGCCUCAACACAGACGAAUCUCUCAGCUCUGAUCUCGCGCGACCCCGCCUGCCCAGCGCCGUUCUGCUGGCCAUCGGCGGCUGGAGCCGCGGGAGUCCCACCAACGCCAUAGAAGCGUACGAUACGCGAGCGGAGCGCUGGGUCGAUGUGACGUGCAACGAUGAGAGUCCACGAGCCUAUCACGGGACGGUGUAUCUGAACGGCUUCGUGUACUGCAUCGGAGGAUUCGACAGUGUGAAUUACUUCAGCAGUGUGAGAAGGUUUGACCCCAUCUCCAGAACCUGGGCUCAGGUGGGCCCCAUGCACUCCCCCCGGUGUUACGUGAGUGUGUGUGUGCUGGACGGUUGUAUCUAUGCAAUGGGAGGAUUUGAUGGCAACGAACGGCUUAACACAGUCGAGCGAUAUGAACCUGAGAAUAAUCAGUGGAGUAUGAUAGCACCGAUGCACGAGCGAAGGAGCGACGCAAGUGCUACAGUACUGGACGGCAAAGUGUACAUAUGUGGAGGGUUUGACGGGAAUGACUGUUUGUUCACGGCAGAGUACUACAGUCCUCAGACGGGCCAGUGGACACUCAUCACCCGCAUGAGGAGCAGAAGGAGUGGAGUGGGUGUGAUCGCAUACGGCGGGCAGGUUUACGCUGUCGGUGGAUUUGAUGGUGCUAAUCGUCUAAGAAAUGCAGAGGCGUAUAAUCCUCAGACCAAUUCAUGGAGACGCAUUCCGGCCAUGAUCAACCAGCGCAGCAACUUCGGCAUUGAGGUGGUGGACGACCUCCUGUUCGUUGUUGGAGGAUAUAACGGCUUUACCACCACCUAUAAAGUGGAGUGUUAUGAUCAGGAAACUGCUGAAUGGCAUGCAGUCGAAGACAUGAGGAUUUUCCGGAGUGCUCUGAGCUGCUGUGUGAUGUCCAGGUUACCCAACAUGGCUGAGUACGCCGCACCCCGAGACGUUCCCUAUGAAGUCCCCCAGAGCUCACGAAGCACGAGAGGCUACCUCACAGCUCCUGACAACGUCUAA